AUGUCAGCCAUCUACAGGCCGUUACCGCUGAGUUCCGUUCGGCUCCUGAGGUUUCUCGAUGAUACGGGCAUGAAGUGCUCGCUCUACGAGUACGACAUUGAACAUGCGCCUCCGUACGCCUGCCUAUCCUACUGUUGGGACGAUGAAGGAGUGGAAGAACCUAGUGGCAAUCGUCCAGUCAUUUCCAUGAACAGCACCCCGAUGCUGAUCCGCGACAGCCUGUACUCGGCUUUGCGUCAUUUGAACUACUUCGUCCAAUCGAAGGAUCUCUUAUUCUGGGUAGAUGCCAUCUGCAUCAAUCAGGAGGAUCUCGAGGAACGGGCGAGGCAAGUGAGGCUCAUGAAAAUACUUUAUGAGGGAGCGGAGACCGUGCUGUCCUGGAUUGGGCUGCCGUCCAACGAGGAGCGAACUCAGCAGGCAGUGCGACUGCUGGAGGCUCUAGUGGAAAUUCCAAUACAUGUGCUGGACGCCCAAAAGCAGAAGGCGAAUCUCGAAUGGUGUCUACAAUACUUGCACCAGCAGCCCUCUUUCGCAACUGGAUCAAAAGACGAUAUACUUUUGGCAUGGGAGGCCCUGAUUGAAUUACUCAAGCGACGCUACUGGUCCCGAACGUGGGUUCACCAAGAAGUGACACUGCCGCACGUAAAGUUCUACUGCGGCAGGUACUGUUUCUCGUGGCCUCAUCUGCUAGCAUUCAAUGCUUUUCACACAACCUACGGGGGUAAUCGGCAGGUGCCUGAUCGUUUCCAGCUAAUCGUUGCUCGUGGCUCAAGCGUGGGCUCACCGUUGCUGGACCUGCUCAAUGCAUAUAACAACAGGCAGGAGGUUUUCGUUCGCCACCGCGUGUCAAUGGCACGGCUGGCUGCUGUCGUCCGGGAUCUACGAUUAACCUCUUGUAUCGAUCCUCGUGACAAGAUUUUCGCUGCCCUACCCCAUGCUUCAGACGUAGACAUGGCACGCGAUGAGAGUCUAACAGCGAUAGACUGUACAAAAGAGCUCGGGGAUGUUUACGUGGAUCUGACCGAGUAUCUGCUUCUCAAUGGCCGUGGCCUGGAAAUUCUUGGAUACAUCUGCGCAAAUAAAGGCGAUGCAAACCAAAAGAAUAAUCACCCAAGUGAACGCUUCCUUCCGUCCUGGGUCCCAGACUGGAGGAUCGCAAGUCGUAUUCGCCCUUUGAACAGUACAGGCCUCUUACACGGAGACUACAACCUGCUUUACGAACCAUGUCCCGGUACUAACAUAGCCUUAAGCGUUAGUGGACAAACUUUGAGGAUAGACGGUUUCGUCUUCGAUACCAUCCGUUGUUUGACCAGUACAAGCGGCCGUGAAGAGGACGCGACCUUACCUUCAGGUCUUCGAAGAAGUUGGGCAGGAGAGCUUAGAGCAAGUUGCCACUCACUUUCAGACGAAGCCUUCAACAGAACGUUGGUGGCUGAUGCCAAACAUGUUACCAGCGAUGAGAACAAUCGAGACAUAAACGUACGAUCGGGAUGUGUCGACUGGGAUGUAAUCGAUCAAUUCGGUAGAGACCUCGAUCAGCGUCGCAUCCGACAACGUGUUCGGCUACUCGACGCAAUUCGAUGUCUUUGUCGAGACCGCCGAGGUGGGAAUACCGAACGAGGUAGUUUGGGCCUGUUUCCUGAAGCUGCGGUUCCGGGAGAUCGUGUGGCUGCUUUCUUGGGAGGGAAUGCAUUGUAUGUCGUUCGCCCCUGUAUUGGUCGACCGGGAUACUACAGCUGCAUCGGAGAAUGCUUUGUGGACGGCAUGAUGGACGGAGAAGUUAUGGUCCUUUCGGACACACAAGGCUUGAAAGCGAACACCAUGAUGCUUAUCUGA